AUGGAUGAUGUAGACAGGCUGUCGAACUUACCAGUGGAAUUAUUGGAGGAGAUUCUGAUGAAAUUGUCGCUAAAAGAAGCAGCAAGGACCGGCGUCUUGUCCAAGGACUGGAAGAACAAAUGGCUAUCACAUCCUCAUCUUCAGUUCAACGAUCAAUUUGCAGUCAGUUCUUGCCCUAAUGGUCCAGCACAAGCAUCCGUGAGAAACCACCUCUUGUGUAGUAUAAAUCGCGUCGUCUUCCUCGAUACGGCUCCCAGGCACGAGCUAAUUGGACUCCCAUUAUCAGAUCUUCAGGGUGUUAGCGACUUUGAUCGGUGUAUUCGCCAUCUCUCUAAACGUUCCGUCAAUGCAAUCACACUCGAAAUCGAGAAAGGCGACCGCUACGAGCUGCAUUCUUCGUUGUAUUCCUUCCACGACAUGGGGUUUCUGAAAUUGUCCAAUUGUGCGUUGAGAGCUCCGUUGGCUUUCAAAGGCUUCCGAGGCUUGACGACUCUUCAUCUCGAGCAAGUAACCAUGGAUCAACACACGUUUGAUCGCGUGAUCUGCAACUCGCCUCUGCUCCAAGAACUGAAGUUAUUAGACUUCGGCGGCUUCUCCGUCGCUAAAAUCCGAGCUCCCAAUCUCAGGUCCGCCACCGUCAGAGGCAAUUUCCAUCACAUUGCCUUUGAGCAAACAUUCAAUCUAACAUCCGUCUCGGUUUGCUUGCAUGAAAGCACCGAUCAGAAUCCAAUUGUUGCUGGUUCUACUUGCAAUUUGAUCAUGUUUUUUGCUGAUUUGCCUUCUCUCCAUACGCUUGAGCUCAAGGGCCAAUCUCGCAAGUAUUUGGCUGCUGGAGUGAUACCAAAGAGGCUGCCAACUCUAUGUUUGAGUUUGAAUUACCUUUUCAUAACCAUAGAUUUCAACAAUGUGUUGGAGCGUCGGGCAGUCUUCUGUCUUCUCCGAAGCUCUCCUAAUUUGAGGCAUCUUGUCAUAUGGCUGGUUUACGAAGGGUCGAAUAUUUCAGAAACGGAAGCUGAUGGGACCAGGCCAGAAGAAGAAGAGUACGAUGGUAUUGCAUUGACUCAGUUGCGGUCCGUUUCCAUUUAUUACAUUAGUCACGUGAGAUGUCAAAUGGAUUUCAUCAAAUUUGUACUCGGACACUGCCCUUCACUUGAGAAGCUGUCUUUACAGGCGAGGCUGGAUGCUGGCCCAAGCUUGCCCAUUGACUUGCUCCGAUUCCCGCGAGCCUCCUCCUUGGCCAGAAUCCGUUAUGACUCACUCAGCCUCCGCCUUGCUCAGAAUUAG